AGCACCGACAGAUCGCUCCUCAGUGAUCCUCGGCCCAGCUCACAGACAUAAACUCCGGCAUGUGUACGUUUUUUACCCUUAAACUGAGCGGAUACUUAUUCCGUCGGCACGCAGGUAGCUAUUACUGCCAGGCUUGAUUCUCGGGUGCUGUUAUUUACUUAUUUUAUUUUAGCGACAUCUAUGAAUUCUCGCUAUCAGCUUAGCAACUUGCUAGCCAGGCGCAGCUAACGUGAAGCUAACGGCUAGCCGCUCGGCUUCUCUUCAUAUGUUUACGCGACGUUAGUUUGUUGCCUUUUUCCGAGCGCGCACGUCCAUGAACCAGACUGGCAGGCGGCGGCGUGCGCGGCGGUGUGUGUGAGUGUGUGUUCGGCGCAGCGGACGGAUGGCGCUGGAGACAGAGCGCUGAAGUGAGCGCUGGGACACGGUGUCACCUGCCACCUGAGACCGCCUGCUGCCUGCUACCUGCGCGCCCGCCGCUAGCCACGUAGCCCCGCCGCCGUCCUGUCGACGUAGCAGAGCGCGACCCGGCUCCUCUGUUAACGGUUAACAUGGAGUAAAGAGGUGCCGAGGCGGUAGAGCAGCCGAGAAAACUCCGACAGCAAACUCCGCGGGGGGAGGAGAUGAGCGAUAGUGGGUCAGAAUGCGCUAGCUGGACCUGAGCGCCAUCCGGUUCCUGGUCCAGUCGCUCCCAGCUGGAGAUGAAGCGGCUUGUCUGGAUGAUCUCAAGUCUAAACAGAAGGAUGAUGAAGCUCCUCUUGGCCCUCGCUUUGGUCGCCUACAUUGCCUCUGUCUGGGGAACGUAUACAAACAUGAGAUCAAUACAAGAGCACGGCGAAAUGAAGGUUGAGCAGAGAAUUGAUGAAGCCGUGGCUCCUCUCAGAGAAAAGAUUCGUGAUCUGGAACAAAGUUUUUCCCAGAAAUAUCCACCCGUGAAAUUCCUGUCAGAAAAGGACCGGAAGAGAAUUCUGAUAACCGGAGGGGCUGGGUUCGUAGGCUCCCAUCUCACUGACAAGCUGAUGAUGGAUGGCCACGAGGUGACCGUGGUGGACAACUUCUUCACCGGGAGGAAGAGGAACGUGGAGCACUGGAUUGGUCACGAGAACUUCGAGCUCAUCAAUCACGACGUGGUGGAGCCGCUCUACAUUGAAGUGGACCAGAUCUAUCACCUGGCUUCUCCAGCUUCACCUCCCAACUACAUGUACAAUCCCAUCAAAACUCUCAAAACCAACACCAUUGGGACUCUGAACAUGCUCGGUUUGGCCAAACGUGUCGGCGCCAGACUUCUCUUGGCUUCCACUUCUGAGGUUUACGGAGAUCCAGAGGUUCACCCCCAAAAUGAGGAGUACUGGGGUCACGUCAACCCGAUCGGCCCUCGGGCGUGUUACGAUGAGGGGAAGCGUGUUGCAGAGACGAUGUGCUACGCCUACAUGAAGCAGGAGGGCGUGGAGGUGAGGGUGGCCAGGAUCUUCAACACGUUCGGCUCCCGGAUGCACAUGAACGACGGCCGCGUCGUCAGCAACUUCAUCCUGCAGGCGCUGCAGGGGGAGCCUCUCACUGUUUACGGCACCGGCUCCCAAACAAGAGCCUUUCAGUAUGUCAGCGAUCUGGUGAACGGCCUUGUGUCGCUAAUGAACAGUAACAUCAGCAGUCCCGUCAAUCUGGGCAAUCCAGAGGAACACACCAUUUUGGAGUUUGCUCGGCUCAUUAAAAGCCUCGUGGUGAGCCGCAGUCAGAUCCAGUUCCUGCCGGAGGCCCAGGACGACCCCCAGAGGAGACGGCCCGACAUCCGCAAAGCCAAGAUGAUGCUGGGCUGGGAGCCGGUGGUUCCCCUGGAGGAAGGCUUGAACAAGACCAUCCAGUACUUCAGCAGAGAGCUGGAGCAUCAGGCCAACAACCAGUACAUCCCCAAACCCAAGGCGGCCCGCAUGAAGAAAGGCCGGCCCCGGCACAUCUGAGCCCCGUCCUGCUCUCAGCCUUCAGAAACACUUUAAGACUCCUUGAGGAGGAACGCCGCCAGAUGAUGAAUAGUGCACUCUUGGAAUAUCGUCUUUUAUUUUUGACAAGCAGCAAUGAGUCUUUGAAAAACUUUUUAGGGAGGAAAGAAAAGAAGAGGAAGCUUCUCUUGUGUGGAGCUGCUGCUGGAUUGUGGGUGUAGACUGAAGGACAUGCCUGAAUCAGAGGCCAACGUUUUUUCAAGAAGUUUAAAGAAGUAAAAGAAGUUUAAAAUCCAGCCUUCCUUCUUUUUUUUCUUUUUUUUUUUCCUUUUGUGAAUUUGUGCUUUUGCUAUUUAAAUUGCUGUCAGCGGAGUAAUGCGAGCAGCCGGCAGUGCGCGUUAGUGCUUUGUGUUUAUCGGUUUCUUGUGUUUGUGUCUCCUGGAAGGAGCUACCUGAGUGAGUGAGUGUGUGUGUGUGAGUGUGUGUGUGAGCAGCGGCGCUCCAGCACCCUGCGGGUUCUUCAUUCGGCUCACGGCGGGACCGGGACGGACCGCGUCCCGCCUCGCCUCGCCUCGCCGUGUCUGAAAGACCCCGCCAGGCUGUGCUCUGUCAAUCUGAGGUGAAGAAGCUAUUUUAAUAAAAACGUUUCCCACACUGUGCGUCUGG